CUGGAAAAACUGUGCGUGUGUGUGUGCAGCAGUGCACAGGAAGAAUGUGUAAUUGUUACGAAAAGUCAAAUGGAAACGGAAUUACAAUAGCAAUUAUCGUGUGAAAGUGCAUUUGUGCACCGUUGCACCUAGUGAAAAGUUAGAUAAAGAAGCGCCGUUGAAAGCGGAAUCGCACAAAAACAAACCAACAAUUCGAAUCACGCCGCCUAAACGUGAGCCUGAGUCACAGAAUCCCAGGGGAGUUACCUCCGAAAACGCACCCAGAUUCUCGUCUGCUGCCGAUAUGGGCAAGCGCCUCCAAUUGGAGCGCCCAACCACGGACCGCAGUGCCCGCAAGCGAAAGCGUACGGCGGCCAAGGUCGCCGAGAAGUGCCAGCGCUUGACCGGCGGCUCCAGCAGCGUCAAUGGCUUCGAGUUUCACGAGAACGACGACGAGGAGUCCUGCUCCUCGGCAGGAUCCGCUGGCGGCACGGAGGUGGAUCCCCCCACACUAUUGCACACCCCGCAGGCUCGUAGUUUGCUCUUGACGGGAGCCAGCAUCGCCAGCGAUCACAACAACUCCAGUAUAAUGGAGUCACCGCGCCCGGUUUACACACUCCGACCCUCGGUGGUCAAUGGGACCAUUCUGAGGGACAUGCUUUCCAAGGCCUGGCGCUUAGGGCGACCCAUAGGCAAAGGCAAUUUUGGCGAGAUCUUCCUUGCGUCGGACGACACUGUUUGCCCGGCCAGCUCGGAAACAGCCAAAUACGUGGUCAAGAUCGAACCACACUCAAAUGGGCCUCUUUUCGUAGAGAUUCACUGCCUGAUCAACACAUCUCAGAGCAAGGAUCAAUUAAAUGUCGGCGAAGAUGCUGCCAUCCUGCCAGUCCAACAGAUGCAUGCUCUCAGCAAGGGACCGCCCUCUGGGAUACCCAGCUUUAUUGCCUCAGGCACGCACUACUUUGGAGAUGCCCGUUAUCGCUUUCUUGUGCUACCGCGCUUUGAUCGUGAUCUGCACUCGCUGAUCAAAAACUCAAAGGUGCAUCAGAAGUCACUCCUAGUGCUAGCUGUGCACAUAAUUAAUGUACUGGAGAAUCUGCACGAUAAGGGAUAUUGUCAUAACGAUAUUAAGGCCCAAAACCUGAUGGUGUCCAAGUGCAAGUACCUCAGGAAGCAGGCGGUCCCGAAGGGCAAUGGCUACGACGAGCACUAUGAGGAGAAGCAACAGACCACGGACAGCGGCAACAGUUCGGAGCAGGAGACAAAUGAUGAUGAGUACUUCCUGAAGAACGAAAAGUUCGCCCUGAAGCGGAUUGCACAUAUUAAGCAGGACGAAGACGAAGAUGACGAGGACUUUGAUGAUGGCGCGACAUCGAACAGCAACAACAGCAACAGCCUGGAUAUCUACCACACGCCAGUGAACAAGAAGCGAACUGCACGUAAUCCAGUCCAGUUCAGCGGCUCCAAUCCGGUGCGCUCAUGUCGUCGCGAGAAGCGCAACUCCAUGUACGAGGAGAUGGUCAAGUCACACUAUCUGCGCCCCACAAAGCGCAUAAGUUACCGCGAGGAGUUCAACGAGGAGGGCUAUCCCAAGGCGACCGCGGAAAACAGUGAUGAAUCGCCGGAAUCCUCUGAUAACGAGUCGGAUGAGUUCAUUCCGCCCUCGUCCUGCCGCUCGGUCAACAGAAGAGGCAGAAGUGCUCAGGCACCCAGUCCCAAAAAGUGCUCUGUUUCAACCCGGGCCACCCGGCACCAGGAGAAGCAGAAGAAGGAACCUAAUGGUGACCAAAAACUGCGCAGCAGGGUCAUCAAGCACGGUGAAAGCAACCCAACUGAGUACAAGUUUCUGCCCGUCGAGGAGGAGCAUGUUUUCCUCAUCGAUUUUGGCCUGGCGUCCAAGUACCAGGAUCGCGGAAUCCACCGCCCCUUCAUCAUGGAUCAGCGUAGGGCGCAUGACGGCACGCUAGAGUUCACGUCACGCGACGCUCAUCUGGGCGCCCAUUCGCGGCGCAGUGAUCUAGAGUGCCUGGGCUACAACCUGCUGUAUUGGUCCGAGGGAUAUCUACCUUGGAAGGAUGUGGCCCAACAGCAGCAGCAGGAGAAAGUGCACCGCACCAAGGAGCUGUUCAUGACGGACGUGCCUGAGAUGCUGCGACAGUUCUACGGCAAGCAAGUUCCUAAGUAUCUUGGCGAGUUCCUGCUGCAGAUCAGUCAGCUGGCUUACCAGGAGAGACCCAACUACGAGCGCUACCGCAAAAUCUUCAAGCGCGAGUACCAGCGUCUGGGCCACGAUCCCAAUCAGAUGCGUUUGAGCAGCGAAGAGAUCCUGCGCACUUGUGUCUCCGCUAAGGAUGUGGUGGAUGGCAGCAAGUGCGACAUCUUCGAGCUAAACAACAAGAUAGCCACCAAUGUGAUGCGCAACUCAGCGCUGAGCACUCCGUUCCAGGAGCAUUCGCUCACGAACCGCGUAUCUCCCAAAAAUCUGCGUUCUAAAUCUAACAAAAAAGCGACGAAAAAGAAGUUCUCGUGGGCGGAGGUGCUCUCACAGGAUCCCGAUCAAAUAGCCCGCGAACGGGCGGUUAAGGAGUUUGAGCGGGAGGAGUCCAUCUGCCCGCUGGAAUCCCGUCUUCCAAAGCGCUACGAGGGCAAGCCCACCUACGCGAUACUGGCCAUGGAGCAAAAUCGUCGCGAAAAGGGCUUGGUUGUCCAGGAUCAUAAUGACGAAGAGGAGGAGGAAGAUGAUGAAGACGAGAACCAGGAGGUCCAGGGUGGUGAGCCGGAGGACGAAGAGGAGGAAGAUGAGGACGCAGAUAGCGUUGAUGGAGAAGAUGAAUCGGAUGGCGCUGCAGAGGAGAGCGACUGCUCCGAUCAUUCCGAGAAAGCUGUGCGUGGCCGUCCCAGGGGCUCCACACGCAAGCGAACCACCAGCAAACAGAGCCAGGCUCAGCAGAAUCAGCAUCCGCCGGUCAAGGCCCAUCGCGGUGUGGGACGUCCGAGCAAGAACUCGGCCGUCGUGCGGUUCGCCCCGGGAGCCGUGAGCAAGAGCCGCUCCACGCCGCUCUCGGCAGUGGCCAGUAACAAACGUGGCUGCGCCACACGCAAGGAGAACAGCUCCACUCUGGCCUCGGCCACCGGCGAGGGGGAGCGGAAACUGAAGACGAGCCGCACGCGCAGAGCUCUUUAUAAGACUGAACCCAAAAACGGCGAGCACGAUGCGGAGAACAACUCGAGCCUGCUGGAAGUGCAGAAUCUGUACGGAGAAUACGAUGACGAGAACAACUAUGGCAAGGGGCGCGGUGUCCACUCGUCCAGGCACUGUCGCAAAUGAUUGCCAGAUGACACUUAGGAAUAGAGACUAGGAGUGAUCAAUAGGAAGUCGGAUGGCAACGGAUGAAGAGAAGGACAAGGACAGAGAGGCAGAACAGAAGAAACCUAAAUUCGUUUUCAAGUAUUUUUAGUGGUAAUUAAGGUACGAACAGGACAGAACCUACUUAUAUAUACACACUUCGGACCUGAAACGCAGGCGGAGCGUGGACUCGAUCUAGUGAGAUCGACUUCAUAAUGUGUAAUUUUGGUUUUUUAAACAUUAAAUCGAUAAGUUUUCGUAAGUUUUUUGGUUGGCACGCUCACCUCCAUAGGGAAGAUGUUGUUGAAUUAUCCAUUAUACCAUGUAGUCCCCAGUUGUAAGAGAUGUUUGUGUGUUUAAACGGUGCGCAGGAGCAGUGCACCAUUGCCUUGAUAGCAAAUCAUUGAUUUUUAAAUUCUUAUUUUAUUACUUGAAAAUUUUAUGUUAGUUAUGUUAGAAUAUACAUCAUCCUAUAGACCAGAUGUACGCCCCGUUUCACCCAUAUUUUAUGCAGCCCGGUACAUACUCUCCUCAAAAGUAUUUAAUAUAACUAGAUAAAGUUAUUUGAUAAACAUGAUACAAGUCUAAGUUAGGAUAUAUAUGCGUGUAUAAACUAGCAGCGGAAAUAAAUAAAAUAGAAUUGUAUUUCCUUAAUAACUAAUCUGAA